AUGGAUAAAGCAAAAAAUGAAAAAGUUCAGAAUUGCGCAAGUUCUUCGUCCCUAGGUAUAAAUGAAUUAAAAUUAGAAAAACUCGAUGACAAAACAAGGGAAAAACAGUGUUCCCACAAUAAUCAUGACAGUCUUGUAAACAAAAAUACCAUUUACCAAACAGCCGUUUUUAAAAACAAGCAAAUUGAAAUUUAUCAAUAUAAAACAUUUCCAAAAAAUUAUCUCAAUAGUGUGUAUGAACUUCUGGGAAGUGAGUUGUCUGAGCCCUAUAAUAUAUUUUUACUUAAAACAAUUUUAAAGAAUUAUAGCGAAAUCGCACUCAUGUGCUUAUAUGAUGAACAGUGUGUUGGAACAGUGAUAAACAAGAUUACGACGAAGUGUAAAAAUGACGAACUAACUACAUUUGGAUAUAUAUGUAUGAUAGCAGUUCACAAGUCUCUUAGAAGUUGUGGCCUAGGCACAUAUUUGUUAACUGAAAGCAUAAAAUUAAUGCAAAAUUUGUAUGGCAUAAAUGAGGUUCAACUUGAAGCAGAAGCAACAAACAAACCAACAUUACGUUUCUACGAAAAAAACGGAUUCAUUAGAGUAAAAAGAAAGCCUUAUUAUUAUUUAAGCGGUGUUGAUGCCUUCAAAUUAAAGAAAAGAAUAUAA